AUGGAAAAUUUUAUUUCGCCUCCACCUAUGCCACCCCUUCCACCGCCACCAACACCUCCAGAUCCUCAAAUAAAUGCCUCAUCGUCAUCUAUCACAAAUUUAACCCAUAGUCCUAGCGCUAAUAUUCCCGAUGAAGAAACAACCAAACUUACCGAGACUCAAAAAAUGCUAAAACAGCUUUUCCAAGAUCCUUUACUUUCCGAUUUAACUAAAUACAUUAAUGACGAUAAAAGUAGCCAAACAUUACUCAAUAAGAGCACGAAUAAGAAUGUCUCUAAUACAAUAGAUGACAGUUCUUUGACUGCUGCGAUAAAUUCAUUAACACUCGAACAAGUCGAUACACUUAUUGCGUUAGAACUAGGUACCGCUUUUGAAAUUACCAUUCAAAGAGGUGGGCUUGAGCCUUUAAGACAAAAAUUGUUGGAAGAUAAAGCUAGAAUUCAAGAGAUUGGUAUUCGUAGUGGGAGCGUUUUAAAGUUCUCAAGAUACAACAGUAAAAUUAAGAAAGAAAAAAAUAGAACGGAACGCGAAAAAUAUUAG